CCUUUUCCUCAUCUCCUUUUUUGCUUUUAUUUAUAUUUUACUAUAAAAAUACCAUUUGGGUUUCGCCAGUUGCACACCAGCAUCCAAUCCAUAACAAAAUUUCUCAAUUCUUCCUCAGCUUUCUUGAAAUCCCAAGCACUAACAUGGCGUCUCAGACUACGGUCCUCAAGGUUGGUAUGUCUUGUCAAGGCUGUGUUGGGGCCGUCAAACGGGUUCUUGGCAAACUUGAUGGUGUAGAAUCAUAUGACAUUGAUUUCGAUGCUCAGAAAGUGACAGUGAAAAGCAAUUUACCACCCGAGACAGUGCUGCAAACUGUUUCCAAAACUGGCAAGAAGACUGCUUAUUGGGAAGCAGAAGCACCAGCAGAACCGGAAGCUAAGCCUGCAGAAGCUGUGGUGGCUGCUUAGCUUAGUGUUUUGCCUAUUUAAUGUGGGCGUAGUUUGUUUAAUGUGUGUUUCGUCAGUAAACACCGACAUGAAAGACUAUGAAGUCCUUGUUAAACUUUUACUUGUUCGUAUGUACAAUUUGAACUUGUUGUAUGAUUUCCUAUAUAAAUAAAUGGGAGACGGUGUGCUGUUUGAA